CGGUCGGCACAGCUCGCCGGCUGAGGGACGUUUCCUGCGCAGACCCGCCGUCGUCAGGGACGGCCCCCACGCUGCCACCAUGCGCAUGGUGUGGUGCCUGGCCGCGGUGGCUCUGGUGGCCACCCUGAUGCCUGUGAUGACAGAGAGCAAUUCUUUCGAAGUGAGAAAGGCAGAUGCGGACGAAGGAUCGAAUCUAGUGAAGGCAGCAGAUACAAAACCGCUGGCGCAAUCUGGGAGCUGGGACGUCGGACAUGUUGCGGCAAAGCCACUCUCACUCAACGACGGUCUUCUUGGAAUCACUUCCAAGCAUCGCAGACCCAAGAGAGCAGCGAGACGUUAUGGCAGAAGGUCAUCACGUCGCCGAUCGACCAGCAGCAGCAGAAGAAGAAGCUAUCGUCAGAAGAAGCAAGUUCGUACCCGGCGGAAAGCGAAGAGCCGACGCAGUCAGAAGUCAAGAAAAGCGAACAGAAGGAAACAGCGUACAUCCUCUACUCGCCGCGCACGGAAGCGCAACAGGUCUAAUGCACGUAAGCCUAAAAAGAGCAAGAGAGGUCGAUCUUCUCGAAAUCCAAAAAAGAACUCGGGCAGACGCAAGUCUAACGGUCAGACCAGCAGGAAUAAGGGCCGUCGUACCUCCUCUAAGAAGAGCAAGAACGGCGACAAGUCAUCUGUGAAAUCCCAGACUGGCCAGAGCUCCCUCAGCUCUGCGCAGAAUACCAUGACGAUGGGCCCUCAGGCCAGCAGAGGCAUGUCUCCCCAAGGACAGCCCUCCAAGGGGCGCCGGGCGCUGGGCGUCGGUGGUCGCCUGGCCGAAAACGCCGCCCAAGCAUCUGUGGGAGGAGUUGUUGGAGGAGUUGUGGAGGCCGGCAUGCAGAAGGCUCUAGAUAAACCGGACGAUGCAGAGGCACCAAAUGAUGCAGACCAGCCUGCUGAUGCGGCUGAACCGACUGAUGCGGAUUGCGUGGCUGAUGCAGAGGAUCCGAAUGAUGCAGAUUGUGUGAAUGAUGCGGAUGAACCGGCUGAAGCAGAUUACGCGGCUGAUGCACAGGAACCGGCUGAUGCAGAUUAUGCGGCUGAUGCACAGGAACCGGCUGAUGCAGAUUACGCGGCUGAUGCGGAUUACGCGGCUGAUGCAGUUUAGCCAUCAGCACCAGCCACGGGUCUUCGCUGGAGAGGGGGUGCACCAUCAACACCAACCCCAGCCUCGAGGGCGCCUAAAUCCUCGGCGACAGGUACUCUCAGAGCGUUGGCUCAGAGUAGCAGCGCUAGCUUCCACGAGCAACCGACC